GAAAAAUCCAUGAAGAUAAAUUCUGUCCCAGGAGGCGCUGCGUUGUCCCAUGACGUCAUGGUAUGCUAAUUACCCAGAGUGCCAUGUUUAUAUUUUGAUUCAGUCCGGCAGACUUGCGAGCACAUAUUCCCGGGAUAAGGAAGUCCAGGAUACUGCGUGUACAAAUCAAACAAUCCAUCAGCUGACAUGGGUGUCUUCACUAUACCUGGGCAGUAGGGGCUCAUUGCAGGCCGCACCUGUCUCUGACUACUUACAACCUAUGUUCUUAUUGGCUAUAGCCAACCAAUAUUCGUAAAUUAUUACCAGUCAAAGUCUUCUUUAGUCUCUCCUGAUUUUGACGGUCUGAGUGACUUGUAAAUUGAUGCACUCAUAUGCUAGAGAUCUUAUUCAGAAGUCUUAGCCAAUCAGAAACAUCCAAACUUGACAUCAUCUUACCCCAUCCUGCACAUCCCUCAACCAAUCAGUGGCCAGAAUGGGAGGGGCAGUGAGUGCAGGGGAAGACAAUGAAGAGCUGGUCGACAAUCUAAAGGAGGCAGACUACAUCAAAACCAAGAAGGUUGAAGAGGUCUUUCGGGCAAUCGACCGAGGGGACUACUACUUAGAAGAACACAGAGAUAAUGCGUACAAGGACUUGGCAUGGAAACAUGGGAACAUACACUUAUCUGCACCAUGUAUAUACUCGGAGGUCAUGGAAUCACUGAAGUUAAAGCCCAACCUCUCCUUUCUGAACCUGGGGUGUGGAACUGGCUACCUCAGUACCAUGGUGGGAUUGAUACUGGGCCCAUUUGGCAUCAACCACGGGGUGGAGAUCCACCAGGAUGUGGUGGAGUAUGCCAAGCAGAAGCUGUCCUGGUUCAUGAAGAACGCUGAGGUGUUUGAUGACUACGAGUUCUGUGAGCCCAGAUUUGUUAUUGGCAACUGCCUUCUGCUUCCCUCUGGAUGUAAGACAUACGACCGUGUGUACUGUGGAGCUGCCUGCCCACCAGAACAUGAGAACUACAUGAAGAACCUGCUGAAGAUAGGGGGAAUCCUCGUCAUGCCAUUUGAGGACCAAUUACAGCAAAUCACACGCACAGGACAGAACAGCUGGGAGACCAAGAACAUCCUGCCAGUAUCUUUUGCACCGUUGGUUCUGCCACAGAAAUCAGAUGCACCCCAAGUGGAGCUACCUGACUGCUCCUGCCGCACACUCCAAGACUUGUGUCGCAUCUCCAUUCGGCGAAUCCUCCGCGCUAACGUCAAGGCGGAAAAGCUGAAGGAGGGCAUGUCCUCGACCCGCCCCAAGCGAAAACGUAAGCGUCGGAACAGGUACCACCGCCGUAACCACGUGAGGGACCACGAGUCGGACGGUCCUCCCAACCAUGUCAGAAAGGAAGACAGUGAAGAGAGUGAGAAGGAGAUGGAGGAGGAGGCGGAGAAACCCAGGAGGAAUCCGCUUCGGGAGAGGAUCGAACUCUUACCCCUUCCUCCUGCGCUAAAACAGUACCUAAUGUACUAUAGAACCAAGUAAACGUAAGCACUGACCUUAGACUUAAGUAUAUUUAUAUAUCUGAUGUUAGACAAGAAACAGCUAUCAUAGUGUAUUUACGCAUCAUUUUUUCUGUUCCAUUACUUAUCCUGAGUAAAAAGCUCUUUAUUCUGUCCUUUAGCAUAUAAGACUUUAGCUUUGAUACUAUCCAAUCAGUAGACUGCAUCCUUGCAGAAAUUAGUUAUCACAGAUCAUGUUAAUCCAAUGAUAUUUUUAGCAACUCUGUUCAAUAUCUUGUUUUCCCAAAUCAUCUUAGCUGUAAAUACUAAGCUUAGCUUAUAAUUAGUUGCAAAAUAUUAAGAGUAGGCAUGGAAACUGUUGUCCAGGGGAAGGAACACUUGCUUUAAACCCUUCCGAAGUUUUGGCUGAAAGUAUCACACCAUAAGAGAGCACUAUAGGUAUCUUGUAAUGUUAAAAAAACACAACUAGAAAACCUCAGGGGUGGAAAAUAGCAGCAAAAAGGUGAUAUCAGAAGAACACAAAGCACAACUGUUACAAAGAAUGCUUGAAAGUUCCUGACUAUAUUUGUGACUGUCCAUAUAAAAUACUAGGCUGUGAGUGAACAGUCUUACUCGAGACGGUUGCUCCAUUGCUUACAUUGUUUACCAGUACUGGUAGUACCUGGUGAAGCUUGUAAAUUGUACAAACAUGUAUUGAAUGCUUAUGUCACCAAAAUUCAACAUUGAUUACUUUCCGUCAUUACAACAUUACUCAAUGAACACGGCUGUUUGUACAAAAUAAACACCCUUCUGAUGCAAUUGAAUAUUUAAUGUACGAAAUCAUACAUCCAUACAUACUUCCUCUCAUAAUCAAGUUUAUUUCUGCCGGUGAUGUCAUAGUAAACACGCCACAUGUUCAACCUUUUUUCGCCAGCAGUGAUAUUAAGUUCUGAAGUGGCUGCCGGUGAUAGCAUCACGGUUGGAACAAGAAGUAUGAUUUGCGAGGUUAGAUGGUCAAUAACAUGGGUGUAUAUUUUGUACAAAGAUCUGCGUCUAUGGAAAAAUACUUAUGAUGGUUGCCUUUCACCAGGAACUGUUGUAUUUUAGUGUCUGACUGACUCAUUGGUGACAUACAUGUAAACACUUGAAGCCUGUGCACCAAUACCUGAGUGAUGUUCUCAUUACCAAGUCCUGCGUAUCUCAUGAGAGGUGCCUUAACACCAACUGUAUGUAGAUCACAUUCACAUCUGAAGUAUGAUUUACAACAUCAACACUACUGGUUUCUGUCAAGAGCAGAGCUUGCAUGUACUUCAAUAUUACUGUGGUGUACAUGUUACGCACAUGUAGUUUAUCACAUUCAAGAGGAUAUAUUGUUAACAGUGCUUACACGCACUAUCAAUGAACAGUCAAGUACUAGUAACACUCUGGUGUAUUAAAUUUUAGUCACUAAUUUAGGACAGUCUGGCAAUGAUUACUUGUAAUUUUUGCAAAUUGUGCAAAUCAUUGUCUCUUUCAAUUUAUCCUCAAGGUCACAAUCAUGCAUGCUGCUAGCUAAUGCUGUGUUAUAUCUUCUUAAAAUAUCAUAUUUAGAGCUUUCCAAGGCUGUUAACAUUCCACACUAUUACUACCCUUGUUUUGUGAUGCAAUAAUUAUCCAAGUGUUGAGCCCUGAUGUUUGAUGUAUGUUUGUUAUGAAAAUAUUGCAGUGAUGUUUCUGUGUUCUCAAUGAACACUUGAACUUGUUGCCUUUUGAAUAGUCAUGUUUGGUUGAAACUUGAAAAGCUUCAUUUAGCUUAAAAAUUGAUAGGUUACAAAGGACACAUUUUCUUUUGAAAUACAUUUGUAUCUGUAACGUGAAAGAGUUAGUAGUAUUUUUUCGAGUUUUGUUUGCUGUUGUUUUUGAGUUUUUGUUAGGUAAACAUAAAAUUGUCCAUGUGUUAUAGUAUCUUCUCGCUCAACUUUGACUGCACCAAAUCAAACCACUGGUAUGACUAUGGUGGUUCAAACACAAGUGAUCUAUAAAGGCUACCCCACCAGACCUUUCUGUUUGGGGUAGGCUCAUGCACAUACCAAGAUUCAGCUGAAAUGGUAGUUUUGUAGAAAGUGCAAAAGUGUAGGUGGAAUAUUGUAUUGAGUUUGAGUCAUGGCUUCAUGUGUAAACUGCAGUGAUGGGAGCAAAAUUCUAAGGCUGAACUCCAAUCAUUAUGAUGAUGUCGAAUGUUUGAUGGUAAAAUGACAACUGGGAUUGAUAUGUUGUCUCUGCGUGGCUCUGAGUUCAUCCCAUUGCACAACAGUAUGUGCAUGUGCUCAGAGUCUGAACUAUUGCAUUUAGGUGUCUAGAUAUAUGCCAAAUGUUGGGGAGAAGUCUACAGGAGUUAUAUUACUGUAGGUGUUUGUUGCGAUGUAUGCUACCACCAAGGAACUUGUAUCUGAUACAGAGACUGUAAGACUUUGCAAGUUAAGUAUAACUAGUUCUUGUAGAAAUGUCGUGAUCAAAGCAUGACAGAAACAUUGUACUAUGAUGGUGUGCUGCCAAUGUUUGUGGUAAUUCAGAGAAGUCCUAGAUAUACAAGGAGUUCAUUGGAUAGAGAGAUUGCUGUACAUGUACAUACAUAGCCAAACAUGUAUUAAAGAAUGCUGGUCAUUGUUUUCAGCAUGUAUUUAUAGCAGUUCUGUACCUGUAAAACUUUGCAAAACAAAGCAAGUAGUGGAGCAAAAUAAUAUAAACCAAGAUUGUUGUA